AUGAAACUCGCCAUUGAUGAACUGGAUAUUAAUUCAUUCAGAACCUUUACGAGCGCCCCUGCGGCGAAUACCCCGCGUGCUCUAAAGCCGACGCCAUCAACGGGCGUUCGGGUUGUAGCGGGACACGGCGGAGCUGGACCCCAAGCUUUUUUUCUUUGGUACACACACGCACAAACACGACAAAGAAAACUCGCCAUCAUGGGCCAAUCCGUCCCGCAAGACUCCUCGCCCGCGCUCGCCGAGAAACUAUGGACGCACCCGGACCCGGCCUCGACGCCCAUGUGGCAGUUCAUCCAGCGCGUCAAUGCCCGGCGCGGCCUUGCCCUCGCGGGGUAUCCCGAUCUCUACCGGUGGUCCGUCGAGCACGUUGCCGACUUUUGGCGCGAGACCUGGGACUUUGUCGGCAUCGUGGCCUCGAAGGAAGCCGAUGAGGUCCUCCCCAAAGACGCGCCCAUGUACCCCCGGCCCGACUUCUUCGGCACCGCGCGUCUCAACUUUGCCGAGAAUCUGCUCUUCCCGCCCACGUCCACACCCCUCGACCCGUCCGCGACCGCUGUCUUCACAACCACGGAACUCCCGGGGGACCUGCGCACCACAUCCUGGGCCGAGCUACGCGAGGCCGUUAGGCGUUGCGCCGCCGCCUUACGCGCCGCCGGCCUGCGCCCGCACGACGUCGUCGCCGGCUACGUCUCCAACCACGUCGAGGCGCUCGUUGCCAUGCUGGCCGCGGCCUCGCUCGGCGCCGUCUGGACCGGCAUCAGCCCGGACAAUGGCGUGUCGGCCGUGCUCGACCGCCUGCGCCAGAUGGCGCCCAAAGUGCUCUUUGCCGACAACGGCACCGUCUAUAACGGCAAGGCCUGGCCGAGCACCGCUAAGACGGACGAGAUUGUGGCUGCGCUCCAGCCGACGGGCCUGCAGACCGUCGUCGUCAUCAACAAUGUUGAGGCCGACCUCGGCCUGCCGGGCCUCGCCGCACACGGCGUCCGCGCCGUCGACUACGCCGCCUUCCUCGACACGGCGCCAACCGAUGCUACGCUCGAGUUUGCCCAGCUGCCGGCUUCCCACCCACUGUACGUGCUCUACUCGAGCGGCACCACCGGCCUGCCCAAAGCCAUUGUCCACACGGCGCUGGGCACCUUGCUACAGCACAAGAAGGAGCAUGUGUUGCACUGCUCGCUGACGCCCGCCUCUCGCAUGCUCUACUACACCACCACGUCAUGGAUGAUGUGGCACUGGAGCGUCGGCGCCCUCGCCGCCGGUGCUACCCUCGUCCUCUACUCGGGCUCACCCUUUCGCCCCCACGCCCACCUCUCCCUCCCAAGGGUGCUCUCCGACCUGCGCGUCACCCACUUUGGCACGUCGGCCGCCUACCUCACCGCGCUCGAGGCCGGCAACGUGCGACCUGUCCAAGAUAAGACGCUCGACCUCUCGCGCCUCGAGGCCAUUUACUCGACCGCCUCGCCGCUGCCGCCUUCCACCUUCAAGUUUGUCUACGAGGCUUUUCCCAAGACGGUCAACCUCGCCUCCAUCACCGGUGGCACCGACAUCAUCUCCCUCUUUGGCGCGCCUUGUCCGCUGCUGCCCGUGCGCGUUGGCGAGAUCCAGUGCGCCGGGCUCGGCAUGGCCAUUCGCGUCGUCGACUCGGCCACCGGUGUCGAGGUCGCGCCCGGCGAGCCCGGCGACCUCGUCUGUGUCCGGCCCUUUCCCUGCCAGCCCCUCACCUUCUUUGGCCCCGGCGGCGAGGCCAAGUACAAGGCCGCUUACUUUGAGCGCUUCGAGGACGUGUGCGGCAUCCGCGGCACUGUCUGGCACCACGGCGACUUUGUUAAGAUCCCCGACCCCUCCACCGGCGCGCUGCUCAUGCUCGGUCGCUCCGACGGCGUGCUCAAGCCCGCGGGCGUGCGCUUCGGCUCUGCCGAGAUUUACAACAUCCUCACGCGCUUCUUUGCCGCCGACAUCGAGGACGCCGUCUGCGUGGGCCGGCGCCGUGAGACGGACAUGGACGAGACGGUGUGUCUGUUUGUCGUACCCACUGAGGGAGGUGUCUUCACCGAGGAGCUGCAAGGCCGCAUCAAGGCCAAGAUUCGCGCCGAGCUCAGCCCGCGCCACGUACCGGGCGUGGUGGCCGCGGCCGGCGGUGGCAUCCCCAAGACGGGCAACGGAAAGAAGAUUGAGGUUGCCGUCAAGCAGAUUCUGUCGGGCAUAAAUGUCAAGACCAAUGCAUCCGUGGCGAACCCUGAGUCGCUCGAGUGGUUCCGCGAAUGGGCCGAGACGAAUUAA